GAGAACAGUCAUGGGUCUCUGUUGAUUAUUAUGUUUACAGAUGACAUUGUGAACUGCAGUGAGAGCAGAGAGCAGGUGGAGGAGAGGUAGUCUCUGGAGAGAAGAGAAGUAAAAGUCAGUAGAAGCAAGACAGAAUACAUGCAUGUAAAUGAGAAGGAAACAGGUGAAAAGGUGUACAUGAAAAGAGCUCAGGUUGAAGGUUGAUGAGUUUAAUUAAUUGGAGUCAACAAUCUAAAGCAAUAAACAUUGCACAAGGGGAAGAAGAGCAUGCACACUGGGUGAGGUGGAGUGGUUGGAGACGAGUGUUGCAGUGACCCAUAAGGGGAGUAGCCAAAGUAUAAAGGUUCAGUAGGUGUAGGUGUUGUGAUUCUUUCAGUGUUGUCUGGAUUAAAAAGCAAACAGUGAGCUAACUAUUUUGUGUGGGUUUACAAGUAGAGUAAAAUGUUUGUAGAUCUUUUACACAACUAUAAUCUGCCGAGGAUAAGAAAGUCCAUGUUUGAGCAGUCCUUGUGUAGUUGUUUUUUUUAUCUGGACAUCCACUCACACCCAGCAUAUUUGUUUGUUUUGUAAUUUGAUCUAAUUCUUUCAAUUUGAGAAGGGCUUUCAUCACGUUAGGUGCUGGCACCUUUUCUGACCUUGAAUGCAGCACUGUAGUCCAAACUGUAGUCCAAACUCUGAAAGCCCGCCUUCCUCCGAAAGUUUAUAAAAUCCACUGAUUUAACAAGCCUAAACCCAUUUUUUAAACCAAAUACAUAUCCUCUAUAGUGAUAAGAGAACCUGAGAGAAAUUAUUAAUAUAGAGGGGCUAAGUGUGUGUUGUGUUAAUAGCUAUUUUCAUAGAAAACGUUUAAGCAGCGAACAGAAACAAAAACACCGCCUGAUCCAGGAGGAGAGGAAAUAUCGCGAUACUUCACAUGCUCUAGUUUGGUCACCCGUCUCGUGCUAUUUACUAAUCAGCUGCGAUCGGGUGUUGGAGAAAGGUGAGGCGGUCUCCAUCACUCUGUUUGCAUCAGGUCAUGUUCCUCCUGCUGGGCUGAGCAGAAAUAAGGCUUGCCACCACAGAAGAAAAGGAGCUCCUGCUCUCUUUGACCACAUUAAGUUCCUGUCAUCUUUGAAGACCUUUUCCAGCGCCUGUUUCCUUCUUUAUCUUGGCUCUCUGUGCUGAAUCCAGAGAGCGGGGCAGACUUUUUGAUAUCAUGUCUCAGAAGACGCAGGCUGACGGCGCUCAGAAACACUUCGCUGUGGGUCGGGGGCUCCUGGCCGCUGCAGAAACCUUGAACUUCAACAUGAACGAGCAGCGUCCCAACAGACCAAUGGGGGUGGGUGUGGGCAUGGGCAUGGGCAUGGAGGGCCAGGACGGCAGCGGGCAGAUGCCCCGACGUGGCAGCGGCGGUGGCGGCAGCACCAGCAAUCUUGGCAGCACCAUGAAGCUGUUUGCCAGUUUGGGGCUGUCGCCCUCUGACCUGGACGCUCUGGCUGAAAUCCCUGAGGAGGAGAUCAGUGUGGAGACGCUGCCACACAUCCUCAGACAGCUGAAGAGUCGCAAGGGGGAAGCAGGAGAGCGGCGGGCGGCCAUGUCCUCUGAUGCUGCGUAUCGAGGAGGAAGCUGGGAAGAGGGGCAUGUGGGGAGGAUGGGUGGUUCUUCUCUGGGACAAGGUUCAGCCAAGUCCUCCACAGACUUUGGGUACAGCUCCCUGCAGGACGUCUCCUCCGGCCGGGGCUAUGGCUUAAAUUACAGCGGUGGAGGUGGGAGCAGAGAGAGGCCAUACUCUGAGCUUUCCCACCGCAGUGGGCUCGGCAUGGGCCCGUCUGAGCCCGUCUUUAUGCAGAGGAGGAUGGGCUCCCCGUCAAACGGAAAAGUCCAAGACUUCUUGGGAGUCAUGCCCCCCAUGUUCCCCCACGUGUGCUCUCUUUGUGACUUUGACGUUCAUUCCACCAUGGAGUGGAACCAACACGUUAAUGGACUCCGCCAUGCUGAAAACAGACGGCAGCUUCUUGACAUGUAUCCAGAGUGGGACCCUGGUAUGGGCCCAGGCAGAGGUGGUCGUCCCUGGGAGACCCCCAACCUGUCUGCAGGACUACUGGGACCAGCCCCCAUGUCUUCAGGACCAAUGGCAGGGAUGUCCUCGAGCUGGGGUGGAGGAGUAGGUGGAGGACGUGGUUCCGGUCCAUUGGGACAGAACAAGCUGAGGAGCAGGGUGGUGGUGGUGAAAUAUGAAAAGAAGCCUCUCAGCGACAAGACCCUGUUCGCCCUCGUUGAGCGCUUCGGCUGCCUGAGGGAGCAUCUCAUCCUCAAGAACAAGGCUUUUCUGGAGAUGAGCACACAUGAAGAAGCUCUGGAUGUGGUAAACUACUACCAGCAGCAUCCACCGUUGUCGUACGGCAAACCCGUCACCCUGUACCUGUCCCAGACCCUCAUGUUCAUUGAGAAGGACGAGCGACCAAUGGAUCGACUGAUGGACCGACUGACAAAGCGGCCGGUAGACCGACCAAGGGACCAACCGAUGACCCGGCGGGUGGAGCGGCCGAUAGACAAACCUGAGAAAGAGGUCAAAAGUCAAGGCAGCAAGGUGGUCUUCUUCUACCAUCUGCCCCGAGAGGACGAGAAGAAACAGGAGCUGCUGACCCUCGCCGAACGCUUCGGUGUGGUUGAGAAACACCUCUUCUUAACCGACCGGGCGUUUAUUCAGCUGGCAACUGUGGAGGACGCAGAGAUGCUGGUGAAGCAUUACACCGAGAACCCCCUCGUCUUCAAUGGGAGAAUAGUUCGUCUCAACAUCUGCACCAAAUACAAAACCCUCAAUGUGAAGCACAAACAGGGCGGAGGAGACAGUUCGAGCCAGAAGAAUGGCAGAGCCGAGUCCUCCAACUCCAAAACCUCCUCAUCCAGGUCCAGGAGCAGACAGGAAAAUAAGGAAGAGAAGGACAAAGUGAAGAUGGUAACAGAGGAGGAGGACGAGGAAGUGUCAGGAGUGAUGGAAGGAAGGGAGGACGGAGAAGAGCAGCAGGCACCUGAUGGCGAGGAGGAGGAGGAGCAGGCACCUGAUGGCGAGGAGAAGCAGGAGCAGGUACCUGAUGACAAGGAGAAGCAGGAGCAGGUACCUGAUGGCAAGGAGAAGGAGGAUCAGGUACCUGAUGGCAAGGAGAAGGAGGAUCAGGUACCUGAUGGCAAGGAGAAGGAGGAUCAGGUACCUGAUGGCAAGGAGAAGGAGGAUCAGGUACCUGAUGGCAAGGAGAAGGAGGAUCAGGUACCUGAUGGCAAGGAGGAUCAGGUACCUGAUGGCAAGGAGGAGCAGGUACCUGAUGGCAAGGAGGAUCAGGUACCUGAUGGCAAGGAGGAGCAGGUACCUGAUGGCAAGGAGGAGCAGGUACCUAAUGGCAAGGAGAAGGAGGACGAGCCUAAGGGAGCAGAGUCUGUGAAGGAGACGGUAGAGGAGUCUGAGGAUGCUCGACAGGAGGAGGAGAAGGUUACCGAUGAUGUCACUAAUGACACACCUGGAGACACGGGUGAGGUCAAGCAGGAGGCCGAGUCAGAGCCACAAGCAGAAACUUUGGCCGAGGAGCACGAGAGCAAAGAGGAGGCGAACAUGGAGGCGGCAGAGAGCUCGGAGGCUCCGGAGGCAGCGGAGGGAGAUCUACCCGAAGAAGAGCAGGACUUCCCAGAGAACAUGGAGGACUUUGUGACGCUGGACGAGCUGGAGGAAGACAACGAUGAAGCCCAUGGAGAGUCGGACAAUAUCGACAACACGAGGCGAGGGGGUAUGAGGGUGGUGAACAUCGUCGGCUUCAGGCGAGGGUACCAGUACCUCAACGAGCUGCUGAAACUUGCCCAGCCUUUCGGGAAGGUGGUCAAGCACCUGGUGCUGGACCUGAGACCCGAGGCGUUCCUUCAGUUUGCUACAGAAGAAGAAGCACGGGCGAUGGCCAACUUCUACAACGGGAACAUCACGGCGUCAGUGUGCGGGCGGACGGUGAAGAUCAGUCACUCCAUGAGCUACCCCACCAUCCAGUCCGGUUCCAGCAAGGUGGUGUACAUCGGGCAGAUCCCCAACAGCAAAUACACGGACGAGGAGGUCCUGAAGCUCGCCGAACCAUACGGGAGGGUGAAGAAGUACUUCCUGAACAGGAUCCGGAGAGAGUGUUUCCUCGAGAUGUGUAAUGCCGAGGACGCAGAGAAGAUGGCUGCCGAUUAUAAAGCGAAGCCACUGAGAUUCAGCGGGAAGCGCCUGACCCUCUACGUGAGCAGGAAGUACAAGCAGCUCAAAGACGGCCAUAGAGUGCCGAACACCAAGAAGAGAGCGAGCGAGAGCCCGCCACUAAAAUCCUCCCAUGACAGCGAGGAGCCUCCAGGGAAGAAGCCCAAAGAGGAGGUCAAACAAGAGGAAGAGGAGAAAAAGGAGGAGGAAGUGCAGAGUUGUGAAGUCAGUGGUGAAGAGACGGUGAUGGAUGAAAAUUUGGGUGCUGAGAAGCUGAAGGACAGCGAGGACAUGGAGACAUCGACUAAUCAGAAUGAGCAGACAGAGGCUGUUCCUGUCGCUGCGAGCAAAGCCAGCACAGCGUCUCUGCCCCUGCCGCUGUACGAUCCCUCCACACCCAUCGGUAUCGAACACGUGAAGGCGGGGUUUUACUGCCGCAUCUGUUUCCUGUUUUACUCCAACGAAGACACGGCGAAGAAGAUGCACUGCAGCAGCCAAGCUCACUACAACAAGCUGCAGAAACACCUGGAGAAGGAGCAGAGCAAAGCAGAGAAGAAGGCGCUGCCGACCUGAGAACACCUGAAGCUGAGGAAGAGGCGUGAAUGUCAGAUUUUUUUUUUUAAGGUUUUAAUUUUGUUUCUUUAGCCAUGUGUGAAACACACAUCUGAGUGACUUCCUGCUGCUGCUCUGUGGGCUUAAAGCCUCAAAGACUCUGUUAUUGAUUAGUUAUGUUAUUGAUUAGACAAAACAAAAUGUUGACCAAACAGUAUAAAAACAUUUUGCCUGUGCAGGUUUUUCCUUUGAUUUUUGAAACAUCUGAUUUUUCAAACUAACAUCUGAACAAUAAAUUAUUUUUUUAAGACUCA